CGCAACCGUCGCGGAUCCUUCGGCACGCACCGCUCGCGAAAACGUUUUGACGAAAAUCGCGACGGGAUCGCGCAAUUCCGCCAAACGCGCCGUCACGUUUCGCGCGUUCCCCGUCAAAUCGCGCCGUUUCCCGGUCGCGUUGUUUGUUUUCCCCCCGUGUUAGAAUCCCGCAUCCCGAACUCGCAACAUAACCUUGCUUCCUAUUGUCAAAUGUAGGUUAGAUCGAGAGCGGCCCGCGCGGAUCGCUGACCUUUUCUUCGGUCGCGUUAAAAAACAAUCUUUCGUUUGCGGUUAAGAAUCGCGUUCGUUUCCGUCCGAUGCCUUUUGAUGUCGCGAUUCCAUUCGUUUUUCGCAACGACGCGGACACGUGCGUCGAAGUUUUGAAAGAGAGAGAGAGAGAGGAAGCGAGAGAGAGAGAGAGAGCGAGCACGCGGCUCCGUGUAACAUUUUAUUUUUCCCCAAAGAAAGAUAAGACGUAAUUGCGAUACAUACAAUGGCAACUUUGGCCGAGCAAGCAUCUAAAUUAUUGGACUUCAAUCAGAAAUUAGAUAUAACGCUUCUUGACAAUAUAGUAGGAUGUAUGUAUACCGGUAUAGGAGAGCAACAGAGAGUUGCUCAAGAAGUAUUAACAACUCUUAAAGAACAUCCAAAUGCUUGGACACGAGUAGACACUAUUUUAGAAUAUUCACAGAAUCAACAAACAAAAUAUUAUGGCUUGCAAAUACUGGAGCAAGUAAUAAAGACAAGAUGGAAAGUAUUACCACGAAAUCAAUGUGAGGGUAUAAAAAAAUAUAUCGUAGGCCUUAUCAUAAAAACAAGCAGCGAUCCUGAGACAAUGGAAACUUCAAAAGUCUAUCUUAACAAGCUAAAUAUGAUCCUCGUUCAAGUAUUAAAACGCGAGUGGCCAAAAAACUGGGAGUCUUUUAUCAGUGACAUUGUGGGCGCCAGUAAAACUAACGAAAGUCUAUGUCAAAAUAAUAUGGCGAUUUUGAAAUUACUAUCAGAAGAAGUGUUUGACUUUUCUAGUGGUCAAAUGACACAAACAAAGGCGAAACAUCUUAAGGACACUAUGUGCAGCGAAUUUUCACAGAUAUUCCAGCUCUGUCAAUUUGUAAUGGAAAACUCUCAAAAUGUACCAUUGGUAGCAGUCACGUUGGAGACGCUACUGAGAUUUUUAAAUUGGAUACCACUCGGUUACAUCUUUGAAACAAAAUUAAUAACCACCUUAAUAUUUAAGUUCUUGAAUGUACCAAUAUUUCGGAAUGUGACUUUGAAGUGUCUCACUGAGAUAGCAGCGGUUUCCUCAACUGUUCCGAAUUAUGACGACAUGUUCGUGAUACUAUUUAUCAAUACAAUGCAACAGCUGGAAGCUAUGCUUCCAUUGGAGACCAAUAUACGCGAAGCUUACGCGGCUGGUCAGGAUCAAGAACAGAAUUUUAUCCAGAACCUAGCUAUGUUUCUCUGCACUUUUCUGAAAGAUCACGGCGAGCUAAUAGAGAAGAAACAAUUGAACGACACACUACUUAAAGCGCUGCACUAUCUCGUUCUUAUUUCCGAGGUUGAGGAAGUUGAAAUAUUUAAAAUCUGUUUGGAAUAUUGGAACGGGUUGGCGUGUGAAUUGUACAAAGAGAGUCCUUUCGUGAAUUCUCCACCGGCGCUUUUCAUGCCUAAAAACAUUACCGCUCCUCGAAGAGUAUUUUACGGUCCGGUCUUGACGAAAGUGCGGUACAUCAUGAUAAGCCGAAUGGCAAAACCGGAGGAGGUUCUUGUCGUAGAAAAUGAAAACGGAGAGGUUGUGAGAGAGUUCAUGAAGGAUACCGAUUCGAUAAAUUUGUACAAAAAUAUGAGAGAAACUCUUGUUUAUCUCACUCACCUUGAUUAUAUGGACACCGAAAGAGUAAUGACAGAGAAGCUGCAAAAUCAAGUUAACGGCACAGAAUGGUCUUGGAAGAAUCUCAAUACGUUAUGCUGGGCAAUAGGCAGUAUUUCUGGUGCUAUGCACGAAGAGGACGAAAAACGAUUUUUAGUAACUGUAAUCAAGGACUUGCUUGGUUUGUGCGAACAAAAGAAAGGAAAAGAUAACAAAGCUAUAAUCGCCAGCAAUAUCAUGUACGUUGUUGGCCAGUAUCCGCGAUUUCUCAGAGCUCACUGGAAAUUUUUAAAGACUGUUGUAAAUAAACUUUUUGAGUUCAUGCAUGAAACGCACGACGGAGUACAAGAUAUGGCGUGCGAUACUUUUAUUAAAAUAGCACUAAAAUGCAGAAGGCAUUUUGUUACUGUACAACUAGGAGAACCAAUGCCAUUCAUUGAAGAAAUUCUUUCUACAAUUAGCACCAUCAUAUGCGAUCUUCAAACACAACAAGUGCAUACAUUCUACGAAGCCGUCGGCUACAUGAUAAGUGCCCAACCUGACAACGUAGCACAGGAGCAGUUGAUCGAAAAAUAUAUGCUUCUUCCUAAUCAAGUUUGGGACGAUAUUAUCAGUCAAGCGUCGAAAAACGUAGAUGUUCUGAAAGACCAGGAAGCUGUGAAACAACUCGCGAGCAUUUUGAAAACGAAUGUUAGAGCAUGCAAAGCACUUGGACAUCCGUACGUUCUUCAGUUAGGAAAAAUAUACUUAGAUAUGUUGAAUGUUUAUAAGGUUAUGAGUGACAAUAUAAGCGCCGCGAUUGCUGUGAAUGGUGAGAUAGUUAUGAAACAACCUCUGAUCAAGAGUAUGCGAGUAGUGAAAAAGGAAACGUUAAAACUAAUAUCGGAUUGGGUGAGCAGAACUACAGAUCAUCAAAUGGUAUUGGAAAAUUUCAUACCACCAUUGUUGGAUGCUGUUUUGCUGGAUUAUCAAAAGACUAAUGUUCAUUGUGCUAGAGAACCCGAAGUGCUUAGCGCUAUGGCCAUCAUAGUAAACAAAUUAGAAGGUCAUAUCACUAGCGAAGUACCCAAAAUCUUCGAUGCAGUAUUCGAGUGUACUUUAGAAAUGAUAAACAAAGAUUUUGAAGAAUUCCCCGAACACAGGACAAACUUUUUCCUUCUUUUGCAAGCAGUAAAUGUUCAUUGUUUUCCUGCGUUCCUUUCAAUACCACCAGCUCAGUUCAAACUGGUUCUCGACUCUAUAAUAUGGGCUUUUAAACAUACAAUGAGAAAUGUUGCGGAUACAGGUUUGCAAAUUCUGUAUCAACUUCUAUUGAAUAUUGAGCAACAUGAGCAGGCGAGUCAAAGUUUUUAUCAGACAUACUUCACGGAUAUUUUGCAACAUAUAUUCAGUGUUGUCACGGAUACAUCACACACGGCAGGCCUCACAAUGCAUGCCACGAUUCUCGCUUACAUGUUCACACUUAUCGAGCGCGGAAAGAUUCAGGUACCUCUUGGCCCUGUACCUGAUAAUACUUUAUAUAUUCAAGAAUUUGUUGCGAGAUUGCUUAGAGCAGCUUUCCCGCAUUUAACUGAUAAUCAGAUUAAGAUAACCGUGCAGGGACUAUUUCAUCUGAAUCAAGAUAUCACCGCGUUUAAAGAACAUCUCAGAGACUUUCUCGUGCAAAUCAAAGAGUACACGGGUGAAGACGAUUCUGAGCUUUACCUGGAGGAACGAGAAACGGCACUGCGACUGGCGCAAGAGGAGAAGAGGCGGCAGCAAAUGGCCGUACCAGGUAUUCUCAAUCCGCACGAAAUGCCCGAGGAGAUGCAGGAUUGAAUUAUCCUACGUGAUCUUUGUCGAUCGUUUUAUGCACAUCCGAAGAACAGUCCGUUAAAGGAAUUACUGUAUCCUUUGAGCUGUAAUUAUCCCUGCGACAUCACCAUCAUUAUAAAAAAUCAGAUAAAUAUUGAUUACUUACUGAAACCGAGUCUGCAAAACUACACUCUUGUUAAGGAGGUAAGCCCGAAGCGUGGUGACUGUUUGUUUGUCUGUUAUAGAAUUUUAAAUGAAAUUCGAAUUUCUGUUGUGGAUAAUGGGACAAUUGCCUGCGAGCGAUGCUAUUUCAUGUAAUGAAAUUAAUAAAUUGCUUCUCACAAAAAAGUUAAAUGUCUAAGAAACAAUAACUAAAAUAUGCGAAAAGAUUUUUAUCAAAGGAUUAAUUCCCAUUAAUCUGUAAGAGAAAAAAGAAAAAAACAAACCACAAGAUAGAAACGACAAAAAUGACGUUACCAUUCUUUAGAAACUAACGGUCGAUUGACGCGAUUAUGUAUUUCUUGUGUAAUGAAUUUUCUAUUUUACGAAGAAUUUUCCCUGAGAAAAAACCCGCGUAACUACAAUUAUAUUAUUAAUUAAGUUUCGUUUUAGCAUUUUCUAUGCAAAAUAAAAGAGAAAGAAAAAAAAACGUAGCUCAACAGAGUUUUUGUGCACAUUCUUAUCGAGAUCAUUUACAGUACUGUCCAUGGAAUAUAUGAAAAUAUGUAUGUAUGUCUGUAAGCUUAUUUGUGAUAGCUUAUACUAAAAUGUAUUAAUACAUGAAUUUGUUAUAAUAUAAAUACUACAAAGGAAAAAAACUCUUUCUUCCUGUUCCAUUUUUUUUUAACGAGCAAGAAAUGAUAUGUAUCUUUCGUUUAUUCGCGCGUAAAUAGGAAGAGACGUGUCAUUGGUCUCUUAGCUCUACGAUGCCAAUAAAAAAUAACUUUUGUUUCUCCGAAGAAUAAAAUUCACACGGAAAAAAAAAAUGUUACAUAAUACUUAGAUAAGAGACACACUUGCGGGUGAUAAAACUUACUGUUAGAUAAAUGCAAAUACACAUAGUACGUAUAUCUAACCCGAAUAAUUUAAAAGUCAUAUAAAAAGAUAUACGUAUGUAUAUGUAUAUAUAAAUUAUGAUAUAUUUAUGUGUAUGUAUAUGUGUGUAUAUCUUUUUAUUAUGUACUAGCGACCUAUAUUUAACUUGUUAGGAUGUCUACGCAUUUAUAUUUGAUCACUAUAGACAUAAUGAGAUGAUUGCAGUGAAUACUUGGGAAUGUGGACUCUAAUGUGUAUAUGAUCGGAUUGAAAAAAUAUAUAGGUAGAAGAUCUCUCCUCCGAUAUAUAAUAAUAAUAAGGUGUGUGUAUAUGAGAUACAAUUGAGAUAAAUACGACCAGUAUGAAAGUGUAAUUAUAAUGCAAUGAGAAUCGUAUAAAACAAAAUGAUGAUACGUAUGUAUGUUUGAAUCAGUGUGGAGCUUUAUAAAAUGUAAUACUUGAUUGAUAUUAGAGAAACUACGAAGGGAAUACACAACAACAACAAUGAGGACGUUCGGAUUCGAAAUAAUAUUUUGCAUAAAAUAGUAUCGUCGCAGCAGGCUUUGAAAAUGCGUUAGGGUGUGUUUUUAUCUGACGAUAAAUGAGCGAGAAGAGAGUUGUGUGUGUAACAUAAUAUUAUAUGUAUUAUUAUAUUAUGAGGGCCAUAUAGUGGAUGAUUGUAAAUUUAAAAAUUAAUCACACAACACGAACACAUUUAACACCUUUAGGUUUCAUCUCUGAUUUUUUUUUUUUUUUUUUUUUUUUAUAUUCGUAUUCCUGAAUAGUUUAGCGAUCGUGAGAAGUAUGUUUCUUAUUAAACGUUUCUAUCUAGUGAAACAAAGGUGUAGAAAAGAAUCAAGUGUUUUUUAAUACAUCCGUUUUUACGAAGUCAUCGCAUACUAUCAGUUUACACGCUGCGCAACGUUCUCUCGAAUGAUACUCGAGACAAAUUCAAAUAAAUAAAUGUUUUAUUGUA